AUGGUCGAGAGGGACGACGGCACAGCAAUGGCUUCAGACUUCUCCUGCUCCAUUUGCCUGGAGUUGUUCAAGGUCCCCGUGAGUUUGAGCUGUGGCCACAGCUUCUGCAAGUCGUGCAUAGAGAGCCACUGGGCAGUGCAGUCAGCGAAGGCCAGGUUCACCUGCCCCGAGUGUCGUGAGAUGUAUUACCAAAAACCAAAGCUGAGCAAGAAUAUCCUUCUUGCCAACAUCGUCGCAGAUUUAAAUCAAAUUAACAUCGUCCCACGCCCAGGGAGGAGAUGCAAGCGGCACGGGCAGGGCCUGGGCCUCUACUGCAAGACGGACACACAGCUGAUCUGCAUGGGCUGCAUGGGCGACCACAGGAGGCACGACAUUGUCCCAGUGCAGGCGCAGCGAGGGGAGAAGGCGUUCGAAGUUCACCACGGGGGGGAGGGGGAGGAGGUGCGAGGGGGCAAGAGGGGGAUCUGGGAGGCCAUCGGGGGAGGGGGCAGCCCGGAGGAGGGGGACUCACCAACUCACAAGCGUCACAAGAACGGCUUCCAGGAUUUCAUCCCUGUGGUCCUGAAGUCACGCACACGCAGCCAAUCAGGAGGACUCUCUCCCUUGCUGCCGUUUGGCCUCACGGUGGAGCUGCAGGGAUUCGGUCUGGAGGGUGAGCUCCACCAUGGGCUACACCACCACCACCUUUUCCACCCGCUCAAAUGGGACCCACACCUCCGCCAGGGGCCCCUCUACCGCCCGGGCCUCCGCAACCACCUCCGCCACGGGGCCCACCGCCACUACGGCUCGUGCAGCGACCUCCGCCAGGUGGCCGCCUCCCGCGAGGGCCCCCACGCGGAGCUCCACGACUGGGCGCGCUGCCCCGAGCUCCCCCGCGGGGAGGGUUUCCUCCACCACGGAGACCGCCGACUCUGCAGCUCCUCCAGCGACCUCCGUGAGGGGGCUCGCUCCCACGGCUGGUGGGAUGCGGAGCUCUGCGCGGGGGCUCACGCGAGGCUCCACGAGGGGGCUUCUCGCGGGGAGCUCCGUGAAGAGGCGGCUCGCACGGAGCUCCGCGAGGGGCCCUACAGGGGCAGCCUCAACGGUUACCACAGCGACGGGGACCCCCCUCGUGAGGCCGCGGUGGGGGCGGCCCAGCCUUCCCAGCAUGCACCGGGGCGAGCGGAGAGCACGGGCCCCGUGCUCGCAGUGCAUUGUGGUAGCGUGGAGGAGCCGCGGGGAGAGGGACGCACAGAGCAAGGGUGUAUGAACAGCCUCCGUGUGCAGAUCCACCUGGAGGCAUUGCACACAUCUGUGGACGCACAGUCGGACACGGAGCCGGACACGCAGGCGGACAAAGGGGUGGAGACGUCACUGGACACGCAUCCGGACGCGCUGCCGGUCCGGCAGGCAAAGAUGCAGUUGGACUUUCAGCCCGACGGACGGCCCGGGGGACAGCCUGAAAGACAGCCAGGUAAAGGGCUGGACAAGCAACAGCAGGAGAGGCAGUUCGAGAGACAGCCCCGUGGACAGUCGGACAAUCGGCUGGAGGGACAGGCAGAUGUGCAGCCAGACAGGCUAUCCGGGAGAGAGCUGGACACACAGCUGGACAUACAGCCGGGCGACAGAAGGAGCGACACACAACCAGACGUACAGGCAUGCGUUGGACUGUGGACUCGGCAACUUCCAGCGAACACCGCGACCCUGAGCUUCCUACAACCGCCCCCAAAGACACCACUACAGCCAGCCCUACAACCGACCCUACAACCUACUCUCCAACUGACCCUACAGCCACCGCUACAGCCAGUCCUACAAUCGACCCUACAACCGACCCUACAGCCACCACUACAGCCACCACUACAGCCAGCUCUACAACCGACCCUACAACCGACCCUACAGCCACCACUACAGCCACCGCUACAGCCAGUCCUACAAUCGACCCUACAACCGACCCUACAGCCACCACUACAGCCAGCUCUACAACUGACCCUACAACCAACCCUACAGCCACCACUACAGCCAGCUCUACAAUCGACCCUACAGGCACCACUACAGCCAGCUCUACAACCGACCCUACAACCAACCCUACAGCCACCACUACAGACAGCUCUACAACCGACCCUACAACCUACCCUCCAACCGACCCUACAGCCACCACUACAGCCAGUCCUACAACCGACCCUACAACAGACCCUACAGCCGGCCCUAAAGCUGGCCCUGCAGCCGGCCCUACAGCCAGCCCUACAACCGACCCUAGAGCAGGCUCUACAGCAGAAACUACAGCCGGCCCUACAACAGACCCUACAGCUGGCCCUACAACAGACCCUACAGCCAGCCCGACAACCGACUCUACAGAUGGCCCUACAGCCGGCCCUACAGCCAACCCUACAGCCGGCCCUACAGCCAACACUACAGCCGACACUACAGCCGACACUACAGCCGACACUACAGCUGGCACUACAGCCGACACUACAGCCGGCUUCCAUGCCAAAGUCGCUCGAGCGGACCGUGCACAGCACAGGACAGGCUGUCGCACAGCUACAGCCACCACCACUACAGCCGCCACCACCACCACAACAACCACCGCCACCACAACAACCACCACCACAACAGCUCGCCAGUCAGUGGAGAGAAAAGCCGCACAAGCCGACGGGCAGUGCCCAGGCAGAACAGUCACCAGAGCAGAGAGACAGGCGGCCGAGGGGACAGCCCAAGCAGCAGCAACAGCAGCAGCAGCAGCAGCCCAGGGCACAGGCGGCACAGCCUGCAAGACGGCCACCGCGCAGAGACCACAGGCAGCCAAUCCAGCAGCAUCAUCAGCAGCAGCAGCAUCAUCAUCUUCAGCAGCAGCAACAUCAUCAUCAGCAGCAGCAGCAUCAUCAUCAGCAGCAACAGCAUCAGCAGCAGGGUGUUCCUCAUGCCACACAACCAGCGCAGAUGACGAAACAGCAGCAUCAGUGUCUUCAUCAUCAGCAGCAGCAGCAUCAUCAUCAGCAGCAGCAUCCGCAGCAGUUGGCCCAGCGUAAACAGCAGCAUCAGUGUCAGCAGCACCAACAGCACCAUCAGCCGCCUCAGUGUCAGCAUCAGCAGCAGCUAAGUCAGUGUCAGCACCAUCAGCAGCAGCAGUUGGCCUCACAACCAGCUGUCGCCUUCACACAGCCAGUAUGGAAACAGCAUCGGCAUCAGUGUCAGCAUCAGCAGCAGCAGCAGCAGCAUCAGCAGCAGCAGCAUCAGCAGCAGCAGCAUCAGCAGCAGCAGCAUCAGCAGCAGCAGCAGCAGCAGACCUCACAGACAGCAAUGACCCAUUCAACACAGCCGACACAGCCUUUACGGAAACAGCAGCAGCAGCAUCUUCAUCAGCAACAGCAUCAGAAGCCGCAGCAGCAACAGCAGCAGCAUCACCAUCAACAACAGCAUCUUCAUCAGCAAAAGCAUCAGAAGCAACAGCAGCAUCAACAACAGCAUCAACAGCAAGCCUCACAGCCUGCUCUACCCCAUACCACACAGCCUAUGCGAAAAAAGCAACAGCAGCAUCAGCAGCAGCAUCAGCAGCAGCAGCAGCAGCAUCAGCAGCAGCAUCAGCAGCAGCAUCAGCAGCAAUCGGUUCUUCCCCACGCCACACAACCGGCAUGGAAACAGCAGCAGCAGCAGCAGCAGCCCUCACAGCCUGCCCUACAUCACACCACACAGCCAACGCGGAAACAGCAGCAGCAACAGCAGCAACAACAGCAGCAGCAGCAACAGCAGACCUCACAGCCUGUCCUACAUCACAUUGCACAGCCAACGCGGAAACAGCAGCAGCAACAACAUCAGUCCUCACAGCCUCCACAGCCAAUGCGGAAGCAGCAACAGCAGCAGCAACAGCAGCAACAACAGCAGCAACAACAGCAUCAUCCCCAUCAACAGCAGCAGCGUAAUCCGCAGCAACAGCAGCAGCAGGCCUCACAGCUGACGCUAGUGCACGGCACACAGCCAACACAGCUGCGGAAACAGCAGCAGCAGCACCAUCAACAGCAGCAGCAGCAGCGUCAUCAACAGCAGCGCCAUCAGCAGCAGCAGCAGCGCCAUCAGCAGCAGCGCCAUCAUCUUCAGCAGCAGGGCGCCCGGCGAGGCCGGAAGCCGCACAAGCGUCGCCCGCUGCUCCUGGGUGGGGAGCAGCGGCACGAUGAGUGGGGGGCCGCGCCCCCCGCCAAGCGCCGGCGGGUGGGGGUCCCGCUGGAGGGCCCCCCCGGAGGGGGAGAGAGGGACAAGCUGCCCGGCAAGCGCAAGUACAAGAGCAAGCACCUGAGCGGAGUUGGAGUGGGAGGAGGAGGUGUAGGAGGAGGAGCGCAGGAGGAGACGGUGGGGGAUGCCGACAUGGAGAUGACGCAGGCAGCGGUGGCGGCGGGCGACCGGGGGGCCUUGCGGAGCCGCCUGGCGGAGUGGGUGCCCGAGGUUGCGGGGAGCGGAGGGGGGGCGGGGGGGGCGGGGGCACGCCCCCCCCCCGAAGCGAGGCGCCUCAUCGUGAACAAGAACGCCGGGGAGACGCUGCUGCAGAGGGCCGCGCGGCUGGGAUACCGCGAUGUGGUGCUGUACUGCGUGGACGCAGGGGUUUGCGACGUGAAUCACCGUGACAACGCCGGCUACUGCGCUCUGCACGAGGCCUGCGCCAGAGGCCACAUGGCCAUCGCCCGCGCGCUGCUGGCUCACGGGGCGGACGUCAACUGCAGCGCUCAGGAUGGCACGCGGCCGAUCCACGACGCGGUGGAGAGCGACCGUCUGGAGCUGCUCCGCCUGCUGCUGGCAUGUGGCGCAGACCCGGCCCUGCAGCCGUACUCAGGGCGCGCCCUUAGCACCAUGGUACACAGCGUCAGCAUGGGGGCAUUCCUACGUGAGUACCUGCUGGAUCUGCGGGGUAGAAGCCCGGACGACCCUGGAAUCUGCUGGGACUUCCACGGCAGCGAAAUCUUCGAAGAGGGUGAGGAGCAAUGCGGCUAUGCGGUUUUGGCCGCCCCUCCGGGUCCGGGGGCAGGUGGGGGAGGGGCCCCUGUGGGCCCCGGGGACGGAGGCGGCGACGAGGGCGGAGUGCUCUUUGAGUUCUCAUCGGAGCCCCAACUCCCGGCACACCACGUCCAGAUCUCCCUCUCACAGGGGCCCAGGAACUGGCUGCUGCUGAGCGAGGUUCUGUCGCGGGUUCGCCUCUCUCUGGCCGCGUUCCGCGCUGCGCUGCCCGGCGCGCUCCUGGCCAGUGCCCCACGCCGACUGCUGCGGGCGCAGGCGGCCGCUUCCCAGCUGGGGCCUGCGCCGGCGGGGGACAGUGGGGGUGGAGCAGCGGAGGAGGAUGGCAGGGGGGGUGCGGUGGGGGGUGACGAGGCGGGGGGGGACGGUGCCGCGGUGCGGCUGGUGCAGCUCACGCCAGACCUCAUGGAGCUGCUGGGUUCCUCCGUGGAGACGCUGCCCUCUGGCUGCUGAC